AUGCGCCGCAUUCCCAGGUUACGCAAUCCCGCGCCGGCGGGCUUCGUGCCGUCGCAAAUACCCACCGGCGCUCUGCGCACGCCGGCCGCAGCCUCGAUCCCCCUCUCGUCCACGCUCUGCUGCUCGACCACGACGCGACACACCAGCACCAGCUACAACGCUCCGGGACGACCGCAGCAGCAACGAUACAUUUCUACCACCACAAUCCGCCGCUCUCAGGCCAAGCCGGAAGCCGGAACGCCGUCUGCCGCUCCCGCCGAAGAACACGACGAGCUCGCCGACCUCUCGGCCGACGACUUCUACCAGCCGUCGGCCGCCGAGAUCCCCACGCCGCUGGUCUACCCGCGCGAGGUGACCACGGCGCCGCCCGCGUCCGCCGUGGCCGACCCGUCCUACAAGCCGGCCGACACGGCCGAGGGGCUCGAAGAAGUCGGCGGCCUCGCCGACUGGUGGGACGACCCGGCGCACUGGGGCAGCGAGAGCGGCGUCGGCGGCUUCGUGCGCUCCACCGUCGCCCGGUUCGGCCCCGCCGAGAGGGUCACCGACCCGGCCGUGCUGGAGGUCCUCGCGCGCCGGGCGAUCGUGGAGGCGCUCGUCGUGGCGCGGUUCGCCGGCCCGCGGAAGCGGCACGCCGUCGAUCGGCUCUUCUCGCAUGCCCAUGCCCUGCACGGGCUGGGGAGGAUCAUCAAUGCGGAGAUCGUCGCUGGGGAGGACGGCGCGGCGACGCUGAAGUCGGAAAAGGACUGGCAGAGGGUCUGGGAUUUGCUCAAGGCGGCGGUGAAGAAGGCCAGGCAGCAGCAGCCGCAGCAGCAGCCGCAGCAGGAGCCGGAAGGGGAAGGGGAGCUCUCGAAGGCAGAGGAGAAGAAGGCGGAGGCGGAAGCGACGGAGGCGGAAGCGGCGGAGGAGGCGGAGGAGGCGGCGGACGCUGAAGCGCACCCGUCUGCCCCGCAGCUCACGCCGAAGAGGGCUCAAAAGUUCAUCCGGUCUUGGACCAGAGAGUGGAGGAAAGCCGAGCUAAGAGACCCGGUGGUCAAGUUCUUCGCUGCCAAGCGGAUCCAACAGCUAACGGGGCAUCGCAUCCCCGACGGCAAGCUGGUCGCCAUCCGCACCAUCGACAGCCUCCUCAAGCAGCUUGUCGAGCCGCCGAAGCCGAAGAAGCUCGCCGAGCUGGUCGAGGCCACCGGCGCAUUCAAGGGCCUGCCCAACGUCCGCGUGUUCCCCCGGAGAGUCACGCCGAUCGACAAGGAGAAGAUGGUUGGUCGCUGGAAGAUCAUCGUCAAGGAGCUCGAGGAGCGCAACCUGCCCGUCAUCGGCACGGGCGACUACGGCAAGGCGGUCGAGAAGAAGUGGAUCGAGGGCAAGACUGCCCCUUCUUCCCAAUCAGGAUUGUGGAGGGCGCCCAUAGGAGACUCCGGGCUCUUGGAGUUCGUCCUCUCGGUCGUGCCCGCCGACGAGCCACAACACCCCUUGAACAAGCAGGCGCUGCGCUUGGUCGGCAAUGCUUGUGCAGACUGCGAUGAGAACCGGGCCCGCGUGGUUGAGUCGGGAGCACUGCGCGGCUUCGUCAUGGGCUGCCUGAAGGAGGAUGCACUCCUGCGCUUCGCCAUCGCCGCCACGCUCAACGUCUGCGUUGACUACGAGCCCGCCCAGGCGCAGGCCUCGCAGGCUGGUCUCAACAAGGUCCUGGUGGACAUGGUGUCAGGGGACAGGCUCGCGUCGUGCAAGGACUCUCUCAGCCACAUCAUGACCAUCUUGGAGUUGCUCUGCAAUCAAGACUCCGAGCCCAAGGUUGCCGACCCCCAUACGCCUGCUCUGCUUCUGCGCCUGGCAACGAGCGCGAGAUACGAUUCCAAUCUGGACAGGUUCAUGGAGAUCUGUACCCCGGCACUGGCCUACCUCACUUUCCAGAACCUGCAGCCGGUAUUCUUGCAGAACGGCGGCAUCGAAUUGCUGCAAGUAGCCUUUCACCAGCUGUACACCCGCUUCGAUGUCGAAGAUCUCGAUCUCGACACCAGCGCCCAGCUCCAGCAGACCCUGAUUGCCUGGUUGAAGCUGCCCCCGACCCUCUCUGAGCUGCAGAUAGCAGCAUGCUUGUCCCUCGGCAACCUCGCCCGGUCUGACGGGUCAAGCACCGCGCUGCUCAGACACGUCCGGCUGCCCCUGAUCGAAAUCCUUUCCCUGGCGGUCCCACCAACCACCUCUCAGCGUGGCAAGCCCAGAACCCCUGUCCCUCGUCUCCAGCUUUUCCACGCAGCGCUGAGCUUCCUCAAGAACCUCGCCAUUCCCCCAGCCAACAAAUCCGACCUGGGUGCUACCGCUCUCCUCCAAGAACCCUCUGCCAUCCUCCCGCGUCUGUGGUCCUCGACCCGCACGCAACCCCAACUCCAAUUCGCCGCCGUCUCCCUCACCCGCCUGCUCCUCACCAACUGCCCUCCCAACGUCCGCUGGAUAUGCAAACCCGCCGGCCCCGAUUCUCCCCACCGAAGCAACCUCGCGCUGCUCGCCUCCAUCGCCGCCUCCGCCGACGAAGAGCCCAUCAAGAUCGAAGCCGCCCGCGCCGCCGGCCUCGUCUGCCGCGCCUUGCACGCGCCCUCUCCCGCGGCCGCCACCACCGCCACCACCACUACCACCACCACCACCACCAUCCUCGACCCAUCCUGGACCUGGCCCGAUCCCGCCCCAUCAUCAUGGUUACCAUCAUCAUUCAACCCUAAAGAAGCCCCACCCACCGCCGCCGCAGUCCUCACCCGCUUCUACGCCUCGCACGCCAACGAACUGACCACCUCCCUCGCCCUGCUCCUCACCCACCCACGCUUCCCCACCCUACGAUCCGAAGCCAUCUUCACCCUGGCCCUCAUGAGCCGCUCCGGCACCACCACCUCCCCCGCCAACCCCCCACACCCCGGGUCCUCGUCCUCCUCCCCCGACCUGUACCCAGGCGCACGCACCGCGCUCCAAGUCCUGCAGCACCCCGCCUCCUCCUCCUCCUCCCCCACCUCAGACGACGGUACCGCAGCGUGGCGCGUCCUGGCGGAAGCGAUAUCCGGCGCGGGAUCUGCAGAGGCCCGGGCUGUGGCUACGGCGGCGGCGGCGGAGGCACAGACUCUUCGGGGCCGCAAGCAGAGACAGCAGCAGGGGGGACAGAAGCGGGGAGGGCACGAGGAGAGCAAGGAGGAGGAGGAGGACGAGGACGAGGAAGGUAAAGGGUUGAAAAAAGGAGAUGUAGAUGUGAGCGUGGAGAGGCUGUCGCUGGAGCCGCAGCGGGUCGAUUCGAAGGUGGGGGCGGUGCAGACGGAAAAGAUGGAUCGCGAGAACGGGAUGGUGCUGGUGGCGGAGCUGCUGAGGAAGUUUCCGGAUGAGCUGUCGAGCAUGAAGGGGUCGCUGGAGGCGUUGCUGAGCAGGGGCGGUGAGCUGUUUGUGCAGGACCGCGCGCAGAAGCGUGAGUGA